UGCGUUUCGCUCGGCUCUCGCAGACCAAUUUUCCCGCCAAAUAUUUCGCGCCGUCUAUUUUUUUUUUUUGUUCUUAUUUUGUUCUUAAUAUAGAUGGAUCCUUUAUUUAAACUGUAAAGCCAGUUUUAUAGUUGUGAUGCGCCUAUUUAUUGUGAUUUUUAUUCUAUUUUUUGUGUUUUUACCAAAAUCGACAAAGGCGAUUCGAUGGCUGGCGCUUCAUGAAAGCGAAGGCAACUGGACGGAAAACGAUUGUUUGGAAGCGCGGCGUAACGGAGCACUUUGGAGUGGUCAAACCCGCGUGUGUCGGCGUCAGCCAGCAGCCAUGCCGCACGUAGCGGCCGCGGCUCGGCUCGCCCGUGCUGCUUGCCUCGCCGCACACGCCGGUGAGCGAUGGAAUUGUUCAUCCAUUGAACUCGCUCCAAGAUAUACGCCUGAUUUACUUACAGGUACUCGCGAGCAAGCUUACGUGUACGCGAUGUCAGCGGCCGCACUUGCGUGGUCAGUGGCGCGGGCGUGCGCCGCUGGUGCGUUAGCGGCGUGCUCGUGCGCGGCCCCGCCCCGUGCACCGCCUCGUCCUCCACGCCAGGCCGUGCCCCCCGAACCGCACGCGCGCUUCAAAUGGGGAGGCUGUGGAGAUAACUUUCAAUGGUCUGAGAGAUUUGCCAAACAGUUUCUGGACGCACACGAAAUAGAUGUUCGAGACGGAAGAUUAGAAGAUGAAAUUAUGGAAUUCGAAACAACGACUACGGAAAGAGUAACUACUACUUCAGAACCGACGACGGUUCCUCCUGUUGUAAUCCUCGUCGACGACCAGCCUGCUCCUGCGAAUACUAGCACAGCUCCGAGAAGGAAGGGGCGUCGAGGACGUAAACGUUUGCCUCGCUCUCCCCGACGAGGUCGACCUACUAGAAAAAGAUUCAGAUCUAGAUACGAUUACGACGAAGAUAAAGAAUAUCAACAUCGGAAUAUUGAAUACCGCAUGGCGGCAGACGACCCCCGCUUCGACCCGCAAGUAGAUCUGCAUACGCGUCUCCAGCACCUGCGACCGCUCAUCGCCGCCGCAAACCUUAUCAACAACCGCUUCGGAAGAAAGGCAGUGUCGCAGGGCAUGCGUACGAAGUGCACCUGUCACGGCGUGUCGGGCUCGUGCUCUGUGCGCACGUGUUGGCGCGCGCUGGGUGCGCUCGCCCGAGCCGGCGGCGCCCUAGCUCGCGAGGCGGCGCGCGCGACCGCGCUGCCCGCGCACCCCGCGCCGCGCCGCCCGCACCGCCCGCUGCGCCGCGCGCGCGCCCGUCUGCGCUACGUCACGCCCAGCCCCGACUACUGCGAGCCCGACGCCGCCGCCGGCUCGCUCGGCACACACGGACGCAAGUGCAACGCGAGCGCGGGCUCGGGCGCGGGGGGGUGCGGGCGGCUGUGCUGCGGGCGCGGGCGGCGCGCGCUGCGCUCGGCGCGCCUGGAGCGCUGCCGCUGUCGCUACCACUGGUGCUGUCGCGUCGACUGCCAGCUGUGUCGCGUCACCACCCAGGAGCACUACUGCAACUGAACUCGCGCAAUCGUGGCAUUUUUGUACGCUCUCCUCCUUCCUCCCUCCCUGUGGUCCGGCACUGCCACACUCUCUAUAUUGUUCUUGCCUUAUACCGUGUAUGAGAAUUUAAUCGUCGUGUACGCACGAUUGAUCCGUUGAAGCGACUGGACCAUCUCCACCGACUUGGUGAUUAAUUCGUUGUACUUCCAUUAUUUCUGAAUAUGUGUUACCAGUAGCGCUUGACAUUAAUGUUUGUCUCAAUUAGGUACUUUUAGACUGAUAUCCAACGAUCAACGACAAUCAUAUCUGAAUCUCUCACGAUACAACGACGUCAAUGAAAUGUAUAAUAAUCGUAGGUCUCCGACUGUCACAUCAAAUGGAGCUUCGACAUUGUAGAUAAUUCUAUGAUUAUCGUUUAGAAAAAGGCCUCUCAUAAAAGCAGUAAAUCCACGUGAACAUUAGAAGUCAGUGUCACAACCUCGUUGAGGGUGCUUUAAUACAUAAUUUUGUAGUUAUUUUUUUACACAAAAUACUUAAACAAAUGCAUUAUUAAUGAUAUUUCGUUCAUUAGACUUCCUGAGAGUUGUAGGUUUAUAUUAAAUCAACUAAAACCUACUUUUACGAUAUUUCUUCCAUCCAGUAGUAUUUAUUAUUUAUAUUAUGUAUCGACGAAACGCAAGUAGUGCCACUAAGUGUCAUGUGCUUCAUUCGUGUUUAUAAUUCAUCUCGUGCUCGGCGGUAAAGAAAAUCAUCGUGGGGAUACCUUCUUGAGGAUAUUGAACGAAAAUCUGCCACAUACGUAUCCAUUGACAUUGCAGUGACAUGGUGGAAUAUGAUACGAAACCUUGUUCUCAAACAGAGCUCCUCUCCUUGAGAACAAGGUUUUGGAGCCUUAGCCCAACAGUCAGACAUUUACAGACUAUAAUAACCAUUUAUUGAUUGGAAUAUUCAAGCCUUUAUUUAAAUGUAAAAUCAACUAACUGGAUGCAACCAACGUUUUUCCAAGUUACGAAAACGUUCACCAUUAAUAUAUAUAUAUAUUAUUUUAAGGGAUUGCCCAGGUACCCUUUAUCAUAUUUUUCUUUUACAAAGUUUUUGUGGUUGAACGCGGUAAACGAAGUAACUACUGAUUCGUUUUAAAUCAGUAACCAUAAACGCCAACCAAUCUGGUUAAAUAUUGGUAAAUACUCAAGAGACGUGUAUAUUGUAUAACCCAAAAACGCUGGUGUUAUUAAUAAACAUCCUAGUUGUAACUAAUUCGCAAUCUAUAUUUCAUAGUCUGACAUACUUUCGCUUAGUUAAGAGUAGUAUGCUCCAAUGUACCAGUAGAUGAUUACCGUAAAAACCAGUUGUCUAUAUAUUUAUGUAUUUUAAAUAAGGUAAAUAAUAAAAAAUAGA